GCAUAUAAAUCCGGACGGUUACUUGGUAUGUGACUGUCUGAGGAUAAAGCAAAACCAGAAAACACCAUACAAAUGAAAAACCACAUGCAAUCAGAGUUGGAUGUUUAGGGAUGUUUCAGUAUGCACUCUACAAGUGAUUUUCACCAUUUCCAGAAUUGUAAGCAUUUUUUAGAAUAUAUGCUGGUUUUUAUCUCUAUUUUUGCCUAUAGGUGAAAACUUAGGCUAUACCUGAGUUGCUUUCACUACUGGUAUAUAGAGUAUGUCAUUUUUAAGGUCCAGGAUCUCUUUUUUCCUGUAUGGGAUCUUCUUGUGCAGCUUAUAUGCCACUCUUACACUCAGCAGGACAAAACAGAGCAUUCGCAAUGCCAGAUCAUUGGUGCACAGCAGCAGCUUCACUUUGAACAAAAGAGAAGAUGCAGAAAGAGAUGGACAGUACCUGCUGGGAAUAAAGAGACUUAGAAGACUUUACUGUAACGUGGGCAUCGGCUUCCAUAUUCAGGUCCUACCAAAUGGAAAAAUAACAGGAGUACACAAUGAAAACAAAUACAGCCUUUUAGAAAUUUCUCCAGUGGAAAGAGGAGUUGUGACUUUGUAUGGAGUCAGUAGUGGUCUGUUCAUCGCCAUGAGUGACAAGGGGAAACUUUAUGGUUCGGGAAGCUACAGAGAUGACUGCAAGUUCAAGGAGAAUCUCCUGGCCAAUAACUAUAAUGUCUAUGAAUCAGCUUCCCAUCCUGGAAUGUACAUUGCUCUCAGCAAGAUUGGGAAAACCAAGAGAGGCAACCGUGUGACCCCCACAAUGACCAUGACACACUUUCUCCCCAGAACAUAAUGUUUCUAAGCUAACUUUAAGGCACAGAUCUUCCAAGAGAACAGUUUGAUCAGAGAUGGGGAUUCUCUAUAAUCUAAAAUGUACCAGGACAUAAACAUAUUGUUCACUGUGAAUGAUUAAAGUUAUUUAUUGACAAGGA